AUGGGUAAACAGGAAGUAAACAAACACACGUGUGAGAUGGCGCUUUCAGAGCAGUCCUCGGUGGAAGCCGCUUUAAAGGAUUUCCAGGCGGCAUUUUUCGCUAUGAGCCGCCUGCCUUCGUUUCCCUGGACUUUUGUAGAGAAAGAGCUUCGGAGCAGCGGGUCGUCAGAGCUCAUUUCAGAGGUACUGAAACAGACGUGUCUUCAUCCACUGUGCCGGAAGUUUCCGCCUUCUGUCAGAUACAGGAGGCUGUUUCUCACUGAGCUCAUCAGGCGGCUGGAAGCUGCAGACUGUGAACCUCUGGAUGAGCUGUACAAUGCUCUGGCUGAGGUGGUGGGAGCUGAGGAGACCACCGAGUGCUACAAGAGCUACCUGCUGCCUGCUGGUGGCGCUGUGAGCCUGCUGGAAAACAUUGCCCUGAUCUCAGAGGGGACCACCGGGCUGGUGACCUGGGAGGCGGCCCUUUACCUGGCGGAGUGGGCUCUGGAGAACCAGCAGGUCUUCACUGGCAGGACGGUGCUGGAGUUGGGCAGCGGCGUGGGGUUGACAGGUAUCGCCAUCUGUCGCUCUUGCAGCCUGAAAAGAUUCGUGUUCAGUGACUGUCACUCCAGAGUGCUGCAGAAACUCAGAGACAAUGUCCGGCUGAACGGGCUGAGCGAGCAGACGUCUCGGUCGGUCGGUGUGGAGGAGCUGGACUGGACGGCAGCCACAGAGGAAGAGCUGAGGAAGGUCGGGGCUGACGUCAUCAUCGCUGCAGAUGUGGUGUACGACCCCGAGAUCGCAGGAAGUCUGGUGAAGCUGCUGUCCACGAUCCUGAGGUGUUCUUCUGCUGAGGUUUUCCCUCAGGUCCUCAUCUGCUCCACUAUAAGGAACCCGGAGACGUACGGCGGCUUUAAACAGCAACUUGAAAAUGAAGGAAUCAGCCAUGAGGUGAUCCCAGGACCCGUCAGCCACGUGUUUCCUUAUAACAGACAGUCUGCCAUCGAGCUCCUCAAACUGCACAGAUGACACGAAGGGAGCACGAUAAAGAUUUUAUUUACAAAUGUGCAUCUUCAUGAUGGAGGA